AUGCUCAGUCCUUCAGGCACUGAGGAUCAUCAAUUAGCAUCUGCCUUAGUACCUUUGAUACUGUGUGCCCACAUCCUUUUGUAUCUUGCCUCUUCUCAUUUCUCACUGUCUUUGUCCACAGAGAAGUUCCUGGUGAAAAGCCCCUCACAGUCCAUUGUGGCAGAGCUUGGUGGGAACAUCAUCUUGCCCUGCUCCCUGUAUCCAGCCAUGAAUGCAGAGAACAUGGAGCUGCGAUGGUUUCGUACUCAGAUCUCAGAUGUGGUGUUUGUCUAUCAAAACCAGCAGGAGCAGAAGGAGGAGCAGAUGCCUCAGUAUGCUGGGCGGACCUCAAUGGUGAAGGACUUGCUCACAUCUGGGGAGGCUGCUGUACUCAUUGACAAAGUCCAGGUUUCUGAUGAUGGACUGUAUACCUGCUUAUUCAAAAAAGGAGGCUACCAUAGUACAGCCACUUUGGAGUUGAAAGUGUCAGGUAUGGGGUCUGUUCCUGAGGUAAAAAUCCAAGGACCAGAAGAAGAUGGAGUCCAAGUGGUUUGCAUGAGCUCUGGGUGGUUUCCAAAGCCUCUCGUGCAGUGGAGAGAUCUUAGUGGAAAGAAGUUCCUGGUCUUCUCAGAAGUUCAUGCCCAAGACACAGAAGGAUUGUUCCAAGUAGAGGCCUCACUGGUGGUGAGAGACAUGACUUCAGGGAAUGUGACUUGCUCCAUCCACAACCCAGUUUCAGGCCAAGAGAAGGCGAAGGCCAUUUUCAUUCCAGCCUGGAGAAAGGCCCAACUGUAUGCGGAUUGGCGGAAAGAGCAGUUUCAGGCCUGGUCUGUCACUUUGGAUCCAUGUUCGGCCCAUCCUGAACUUGCUUUCUCUCAGGAAAACAGGACGCUGACCUGGAAGUACAUCAGUAAGAAUUCAGACUAUAAAAAGUGCAGUGUAUUGGGUCUUCAGGGCAUCAGUUCAGGGCGAUACUACUGGGAGAUAGAAGUCAACAAUGGAAUGGAAGGCACAUGGACUGUUGGAGUUUGCAGGGAAGAUGUAGCUAGAGGGGACUUUUUUAUAGAGUGCCCAGAAAGGGGUUUCUGGGCUGUGGGACAACAUUUAACAGAAGUUUAUGUUUGUACUAGUCCUGAGAAGAAACUGGCUCUGAGACAGAUUCCUUGGCGGGUGGGGGUUUUCCUGGACUAUGAUGGAGAGGAUCUCUCCUUUUACAACAUGAUUGAUGGAUCCUACAUUUUCUCUUUCUCCAAUGUUUCCUCAUCUGGGACCCUUUUCCCAUAUUUUAUGUUUGAGUCAUAUCGUGUCAGAACAGAAAUGUCUCUGACCAUCUGCACCAUGGCAAGGGAAUUAGAAAGUCUUUUGAGGGGGUUAGGGCCUGGAUUUCCCGGGCCCCAGGUAGCAGAAGAUCCCAGGAUGAGGAGGAGUGGCACCAUCUUGGCCUUGAGGCCUGCUGACCGAUGA